GUGGACCUGUCUAAGCCCGACUACUGACCGAGUCCUGUAAAGUUUUUUAUUUUCAGUUUUAUCUUUAUGUUCAAUCAAAGUGUUGUAGUGUUUAUUGAAUCCGUCUGUUUUAGAUUAGUCAGCCAGUAACAAAUAUUUCCAUUAUUCAAAUUCAAUCAGUGGUGUUCGGUGUUGGCGGAGUGCGGACGCGAGGUUCGAAACGAAAAACUAGGCCUAACUUAGUGAGAUUAAGAAUGGGUGUCAGUGAACUGGUUGGUUAUUGUUGUUAUGCUGAGAUAAAAACAGCUUCGCUUUCACAAUAGUCUAGUAAGCUAGACCCAACUUAGCCUAGUUGCCGUUGAAGUAAAAUUUCAUAAAGGAAGAUUAACUCAAAGAAUGUUUCGCACACCAAAAUCGGCCACCCAGUCCUCUAAAAAGAAAAGUACAAACUUUUUACCUGAGCGUGUGGUAAAGAAACCUAAACGUCAAGGACUAUGUAAAUAUUCUCACAGAAAAUGUAAUCUUAUGUGUCUAGAAGGUUAUGACUACUGCUUGAAACACAUCUUGGAAGAUAAUAAUUCACCUUACCGACCGUGUAUGUAUCUUUACACAGUCAGUGGUAAAAUAUGCGGCAAACCUGCUCUGCGACAAGAACGAAAAGACACAUGGUUUUGUGGGCCACAUAAUAGGAAAACUCAACUUCAGAAAACAAGAGCUUCAUGUCGCCAUGCCCCUCCUAAAACUCAGGAAACGUUGUUUGCCACCCUGGGACAUUAUGUGCCUCCAGAACAACCUGCUGUUAAGAAGGAAGUUGGAGGAGGAGAUUCGGCAGAAAUACAAUCCAAAGUUGUUGAUCCAUUUGUGAACAUAGAUGCGAGCAAGGUGAACAACAAAGUCAACCAAGUGUUGGAGUACGUCAGUGAGUCGGAUAGUGAUGGAGAGAUGGCCAUGCUGGACAGUGUGUGGAGAGCGCAAGAUCAGGAGUCGUCCGACGCGGAGAGUGUGGAUAGUCAGAACGAAGACCCACUCAAGCAUGCUGGAACCUACACUGCUGAAGAAGUGACUAUCAUUAUCAAGGACAAAAUGUUAAGACUGCAGUCUCUAUACAUUGACCAGUUCAGACGGCUCCAUCACCUAUUGAAGGAGAAAAGAAGAAGAUAUUUGCACACUCUGAAAAAAGAAAAAGAAACACUAUGUAGCAUCCAUGACCAAGAGAAACAGACGGCUAAAGAACAGAAGUUGUAUCAGAAACUCAAAGCUUUAAAUCGUUACCAUAAACACCACGGUGUAGAAGCAAUUCUGCACAAAAAGGCUUUGGAGUUGAGGGCUCAGGUGACUGAAGGGCAUCAACUGCGAACUUCCCACAAAGGAAAGUGUGCUUUUACUGAAGGUGGAGUGAAGUGUGGAGCCAAGACACUUCCUGUCACCAAGUAUUGCCGUAAACACAUCUUGGAGGACACACAUCAAGUGCUGUUCAGGUCGUGUGGUGUCAAGAGAGAUGACCAUAUCUGUAAGGAACCCACCUUGAAUGUGUUUGAAAAUGCUACUUGUGUCUAUCACACUGUUCUACCCACUCGUGGUGAAUUAGGAAUGUUGGCUCUGAAAGAAAACCAGGCAAAUGAAACUCAAGAAUCUCACAACGACAGAGUUGCAUUUGUGAGUGAUGUCGAUUCAGAAGAACUCUUAAUCAAAGACAUUCUAAAACCUACUGGCAUUGGUUCUGGAAAAUCGGAUUCUGUUGAUGCCUUAGAACUAUCAAGAACAGUUAGUGACAUUUUAGCGUUAGCAGAGGCUCACUCCAAUCCCACUGACUUAAAUCAAAUUACUGCCAAACCUUUCAUUGAACAAAGUUUUGAGGCACCUUGUAAUGAUUUGCCAAAAUCAGUUUUUGACGAAAACACUAUAACUUCAUCCAAAGAAAUUGUUAAACAAGUUUCUGAAAUAAUUAAUGAAACAUCACUCGAUGAAACUAACCAACCACUCAAUAACCAAAACUUAGACACCACUUCUAGUGAAACUAGUGAACCAACUCAGCUCAGAGUCAACUCGGAGGCUAAAAUCUCAUCCUCCGAAACACCUGAAUCAGCCAUCGAAAAAAAUGUUGAUGUUUCAUCAAGUGAAAUUUUAGAUGCAAAAGAUUCUGGCCAAUGUGAGAAAAUGGACCUAGAAGUAGAAGAACAAUCACAUUCUCCAAAUAAAGAGUCUUCAAAGCAUGAAAGUUCGCAAGACUUGAUGAUGGUAGAUAUGAUAACUGACGUGGGUGUGGUUGAAGAAGUAUUAGACAAUGAUCUGGUAAGUGAUUCAGUAGAAGUGGUUAGUUCAACACAAGAAGUAGAAGAAGAAAGUUACAAACAGGAAUCAGAUCCUGAUCCUCAAGGAGAAGUGAGCAGACAGCAAGUGAACGAGUCUGAACGUAAAAUUAUAGGACCUGAAGAGCAAGAAAAACUUCUUGGUGAACAAACGGUUGAAGAGGAAGAUUCAGAAGAGAAUACUAAAGGAUCAAAUCAGCAAAAAAGAGUGUUUGAAUAUCAAAUAGAAUCUGAACAUCAAUAUGCGGAAAUGAGUCCAGAGAAAAAGAAAGUAAUAGAAUCUGAUAGUCAGGGUGUAUGUUCGGAACAUGAUGCAAAAUGUAUUAAAGAUACAGUAUUUAUGCCUGAUGACCAUUCAACCUCAAUGCUUCAGACUACAAGUUUACACUCUGAAGAAAAAUCCAAAGAAGAAAUACCAAUGGAGAAAGUAAUAGAAUCUGAUAGUCAGGGUGUAUGUUCUGAAAAUAAUGCACAAGGGAUUGAAGAUACAGUAUGUAUGCCUGAUGACCAUUCAACUUUAAUACUUCAAACUACAAGUUUACACUCUAAAGAAAAAGCCGAGGAAGAAAUACCAAUGGAGAUAGAUGAUGAAAGCAAAACAGAAAAUGGAUAAAUGCAUUUUACUGGAGAUUCAAACCACUUAAUUUUUGUUAGUAUUUGAUUAGUAGUUAAUCAUGAUGUAGGUUUUGUAUUGAAAUAUAUUGUUAAGUAGCUGUUUUACAGGAAAUAAAAAUAAAGAUAUUACUUUUUUGUAAAAUUGAAACUUCUCAAAAAUGUUAGGACAAAAAAUGGUCAUACAACAAUUUUGUCUUUCUUAACAUUUUCCAUUGCCUAUAGUUCCCUCAGUGUUUUAAAACCUGUGCUAGCAAGCAAACUUAUAUUUGUUUCAUAGAGAUUCAAACUCAUUUUUUUCACUUUCUGUAUAUAUAUAUAUAUAUAUAUAUAUAUAAAUAAAUGUAAAAAUAAAACUAAAAUCUAUCGUCUCCCCUCAUAGUUAAUGAUAAAUUUUGACUAAUAAUAAAAUAAAUCUGCGGUUAGGCCUAAUUGAUUGUCCUUGUAGAUGGACAUGGUAUACAAUUUUUGUGAUAAAAUAAAAGUGUCUUUCACCAGAACUUGCAAAUGGUUUGUUUGGUCAGACAAGUUUUGUUUACAAUUUUGCAAUGACAUGCCUGUUUCACAUGAUAGUGUGUUGAAUGGCAGUGAUACAAAUGUUUACAAUAGAACAGUGCAGAAUUCAAACUGCAUGGUCAAUUUAAGACAACCCCACUGCACCUCAGCAUGGCAUUCCAAUUUCAUGUGGCACUUAAAUUUGUUUGAUGUCUAUGUGUUGACUUUGUGAUAUUGUUUUAUUUAUUACUAAUGAGAUUAACCAGGGUGUAAUAUUAAAAUUUCAAAAGUAAAAUUGUUUUUCAAACCUGAUGAUCACUUAAUAGUAGAUAGUAUUCAUCGUUUUGCUCUGUAUACUGUAACUAAGAAAGUUCUUGAUUAUGUAAUAGUGCCUAAAAAUUGUAAAUAAUGUAUGUUAAACAUGUAGAGAAGUAUAACAGACAAAUAUGAACUCAUAUCUGUCCAAAAUAGUUGAUAAGAGUUAUCAAAUAAAAAAUCAAUUAAGUUAAA